UAACGUAGCUGAGCUGUUUAGACAGCAUGGAUAUUGAGAUUCUGAAUCAGAGGCGUAGGUGACCUGGAACGUGCCUGUUGGCACUAGAGCACCCAAUGACUUCCCAGAAUGCGACGGUGAGGAGCUGAAGGACCCGCAAUGUGAGACUGCACAAGCCAAACUCACCGCAACAUUAUCGACGUGAACGUUUGGUCUUUUCGCGGGAAACUGCGUGUUAUUUGUGGGUAACAACGACAUUUAUUCAUGAAAGCGAGAUGUCGUGUUUUGCUGGUGACCCCAACUUCUGCUCAGAGUGUGGGAGCGUGCUGCCUCUUCCUGGGAUACAGGACACGGUCCUCUGCCCGCGCUGCUCCUUCUGCCUCCCGGUAGCAGAGUUCUCAGGCCAGGAGAUCCGCUCCACUGUCGUAUUCAACCCAGAGGAGCAGUCGUCGGUGGCUCUGAAGGAUGAGGAGGGCUCAGAACUGAAGGGCGCUGUGAUUGACAGGCGCUGCUCUCGUUGCAAUAAAGAGGGGAUGGUUUACCACACCAGGCAGAUGAGAUCUGCAGAUGAAGGACAGACUGUCUUCUUCACCUGUAUACACUGCAGGUAUCAAGAGAAGGAAGACUCCUGAGUAGAAGUCCAGCUCUCCCUCUCCAUGUUUCUACCAGCGUUGGUGUCAGAAGUUCGGGUUCUUUUCCAACUCAUGGCCCUUCACCUUUGGUUUAUCUGAAGACGCUGUGCACUUCCUGUUCUUGAGUUAUUAGCAUUCACACCUUGAAUAACGUUUGACAACAUAAUCUUAACGCAGGGUCGACAUGCUGAGUGGACAUGUAGUUGGUGAGAGCUGAGUGAGCGACCCAGCAGACCAAGAGGAGCUCAAAGAGAAUGUGUAGCAUUUGUUCUGGGCACUAGAUGGCCUCCCAGUGACACACAGCACUGUUCUCUGCUAAGCCAGGCCACAGAUGUUGAGAGAAGAUGCCUGAUGUAGAGCAUGUCAAAUCUAAACCCGUCAUCAACUUUUUAAGAUCCAUAUAUUUCAAUUUCUACGUAAUUUUGCCUCUUAAGCUUUCAUCCUAAUCAGUGUUUCCUGAAUAAAGUGUGUGAUGGAUGAAUGACAUGAUUAUUGAGUGAGCUAGUCUUCAUAAACUCUGUUGUCUUUAAUGUAUUGGCUGAAAUAAAGAUCCAAUGGGCAUAAAACAC